GCUUUGGCCCUCUUCAGCACGUCACACCCUACCUUUAAUCCGCAGCCAACUGUGUGGCGGUCCCCACUUUCGCCUAGCUGCAACUCCCUCCUCCCUGCAAUCCUUCCUUCUUAUUCCGGUUUCCAGAGCACUUCUCCAGGCUUCGACGUCACCACGCUGGGACGUAUGUGCCGAGGGCCGCGGCGUCUGACCUCAUGGCGUAGAGCCUAGCAACAGCGCAGGCUCCCAGCCGAGUCCGUUAUGGCCGCUGCCGUCCCGAAGAGGAUGAGGGGGCCAGCACAAGCGAAACUGCUGCCCGGGUCGGCCAUCCAAGCCCUUGUGGGGUUGGCGCGGCCGUUGGUCUUGGCGCUCCUGCUUGUGUCCGCCGCUCUAUCCAGUGUUGUAUCACGGACUGAUUCACCGAGCCCAACCGUACUCAACUCACAUAUUUCUACCCCAAAUGUGAAUGCUUUAACACAUGAAAACCAAACCAAACCUUCUAUUUCCCAAAUCAGCACCACCCUCCCUCCCACGACGAGUACCAAGAAAAGUGGAGGAGCAUCUGUGGCCCCUCAUCCCUCGCCUACUCCUCUGUCUCAAGAGGAAGCUGAUAACAAUGAAGAUCCUAGUAUAGAGGAGGAGGAUCUUCUCACGCUGAACAGUUCUCCAUCCACAGCCAAAGACACUCUAGACAAUGGCGAUUAUGGAGAACCAGACUAUGACUGGACCACGGGCCCCAGGGAUGACGAUGAGUCUGAUGACACCUUGGAAGAAAACAGGGGUUACAUGGAAAUUGAACAGUCAGUGAAAUCUUUUAAGAUGCCAUCCUCAAAUAUAGAAGAGGAAGACAGCCAUUUCUUUUUUCAUCUUAUUAUUUUUGCUUUUUGCAUUGCUGUUGUUUACAUUACAUAUCACAACAAAAGGAAGAUUUUUCUUCUGGUUCAAAGCAGGAAAUGGCGUGAUGGCCUUUGUUCCAAAACAGUGGAAUACCAUCGCCUAGAUCAGAAUGUUAAUGAGGCAAUGCCUUCUUUGAAGAUUACCAAUGAUUAUAUUUUUUAAAGCACUGUGAUUUGAAUUUGCUUAUGUAAUUUUAUUUGCUUGACUUUUUAUAUGAUAUUGUGCAGAUGUUUGCCAUAGGCAAUUGGUACUUAAAUGAGAGGUGAGUCUCUCUUUUGCCUUGGUGCUUUGGAAAUUAAAUGUCACAAACGAGUAUAUAAUUUUUUAUCUGUACUUUUAGAGCUGAGUUUAAUCAGGUGUCCAAAAUGUGAGUUAAACAUUACCUUAUAUUUACACUGUUAGUUUUUAUUGUUUUAGAUUUAUUAUGCUUCUUCUGGAAGUAUUAGUGAUGCUACUUUUAAAAGAUCCCAAACUUGUAACUAAAUUCUGACAUAUCUGUUACUGCUGACUCACAUUCAUUCUCCGCCAUUCAAAUACUAUUUUUUAUCCACAUUUUUUUUUUGUUCCCAAACUGUAAUGUACAAGGAUAUGUGUGAUAAUGCUUUGGAUUUGAGUAAUAUUUUUUUUUCUUCCAAGAAAACUGCUUUGGAUAUUUUUAGAUAAUUUAAACAUAAUUUAGGAUAAUGAUAUUGCUCAAUCUGACCACAAUUUUAGGUAAAACAUCAAAUGUGUCAAGAAAUCUUGGCAACAGAGCCUCUGCAGCUUGCAGUGGACAUAGAUAAAAUGUUACAGAGAUACUAUUUUUUUGGUUGGAAUUACUAUAUUAAAUUUAGAAGCAGAAACUGGUAAAAUGUUAAAUACAUGUACAAUUGCUUUUAGUUAGCAAUUGAUUGUAGCAUGGGUUCCUCCAAGGUUUCAAGCAAUGGGCAGAGUUUAAAAUUAUAUCAGAUUCGUUUACUUCGUUUAUUAUUUUACAGUAAAUUUGAAUAAAUCUUAGGGGUCAUUAUCACUUAAAUAAUACUGUACCUAGGUCUUUCAAACUAAAAUUAUACCUGAAUGAAGUUGUUUGUAUACAUAAAGGAUAUUUGUGUACAAUUACCUUUUUUCCCCCACACUUGUUUUCUUUGUUUUUGUUUUUUAUGGCAACUGGAAAGUAUUUACUAUGGGAUUCAUUUAUGUCUGUCUUUCUAUCAUAAAGAAUUGAUCAAUAUGUAAAUAUGUGAUUUGAACCAUGGUUGACUUACAAGUGUCACUACAGCUUUUUAGAAAACAUAGCCCUAAUAUAUGUUAAGCAGGACCCGGGUGAGCCAGUGGGCUUGCGCUUUAUGUAGAGCUGGAAGAAGGCCGUCCAUCCUGUCUCUUGGGCGGACAGUGUACUUUCCUAAUAGGGAAGGGAAGCACAAUGGAAAUACCCCUGAACCGUUUUAUUGCAGUAAUUUUUUUCAUAUCUGAAACUAUUAUUUAAUAUUUUGAAUAAGAUUUUAAAAAAUAAAUGGCAAAGAUAUAAAUCUA